AUUUAAAUAUGUCUUGACGAGAGUUCCGAGUGAAAUGGAAGUCGACCAACACACCACACAACGUCGUAUUUGUAGAAUUGUGGUUGAUCAAGUCCGAGCACAGCCAGCCAGUCGUAAGUCCACCACUGACGGUACAGCGUGCCUAUGUAGGUGACUGACCAUCGCUGUUAACUCUUUCUUCACGCAUUCACACUUUUUCUGACGUUUCCUCUCCUUUACGCACAAAAAUUGGCGGGUGAAGUGAUUCAAAUGUUCUUCAAGUGAGUUUCUCUUCGGAAUUGGAUUUUUCAGAAAUAACCCAACGAAUUGUUUGGGAAUUUCAAAUAUUAGGUUACCAUGGCGAAGGCAACUUAUUCUGUGUUACUCAUAACAUUGGGAUUUAUCUCAUCUAUUCACGGUGGACCAGUAGUAGUCAGUUACAAAGAUCAUGGAAAGGACAAGUAUACAGAUAAUUGGGAUUACAGAGUGAAGCAGAACAAUGUACCUGUCUUGAAUAACACUGGGAAAAUUCAUAAAAUACCACCUAAAGUAUACGACACUAGCAGGCUUCUAUGGGAACUCGAAAAUGACAAAAAAACUAAUUUGCCGCUGUUUGUGGACAAAGCCUUGAAACUACUCAAUUUGAAGCAGGUGGCUUUUGAGAUAGAAAAUUCUGUAUUAUCCCGAGUAUCCUGUUCAGCAUGUAAAGCAGGUGCUGGAUUGUUACAGCAUUAUACAAGAACCGGUAAAUCAGAAAAGGAAAUCAAGAAAACAAUCUACCAAUUUUGUGUUAACCUAAAAAUUCAAACUCCAAGAGUUUGUGAAGGCAUCACAGAACUUUUCGCUGGAGAAGUGUUAUACGUGCUUGGCAGAGUUACCAUAGGACCUGACGAAAUAUGCAGUUUCGUAAUUGGAGAUGCAUGUGGGGAUGUUUACAAUCCUCUACAUGAAUGGAACGUGAUGUUUCCUCCAGUUCCUAAACCAGAAGUUGUUGAACCUAAAAUACCAGAGGCGAACGCUCCUUCCUUCAAGGUUCUACAUCUUUCCGAUACUCAUUUUGAUCCUUACUACAUGGAAGGUAGUAAUGCAAAUUGCGCAGAACCAUUAUGUUGUAGAUUUACCAAUGGUUUAGCGCCUUCGAAAGAAGAGGCAGCAGGAAAAUGGGGUGAUUAUAGAAAAUGUGAUACACCAAAAAUAACGGUUGAUAAUAUGUUACAACAUAUUCAAGAAACUCAUCCAGAUAUCGAUUACAUACUAUGGACUGGGGAUUUACCUCCUCACGAUAUAUGGAAUCAAACGAAAGAAGAGAAUUUGAAAAUUAUAAAGGAAACAGUCAAACAAAUGUAUGCGAUGUUCCCAAAUAUUCCUAUCUUCCCGGCACUUGGAAAUCACGAAUCUGCCCCAGUAAACAGUUUUCCUCCUCCAUUCCUAGAUGCCCCAAACAUUUCAAUAGCAUGGCUAUACGAUGAAUUGGAUGUGCAGUGGCGUAAAUGGUUACCUAGUUCGGUUAGUAACACAGUCAGGAGAGGAGCAUUUUAUUCAGUGUUAGUAAGACCUGGAUUCAGACUAAUUUCUUUGAAUAUGAAUUAUUGCAAUAACAAAGAUUGGUGGCUUCUACUAAAUAGUACCGACCCAGCAAAUGAACUCCAAUGGUUCGUCUAUGAGCUCCAAUCUGCUGAAUUCAACGGAGAAAAAGUCCAUGUUAUUGGACACAUUCCACCAGGUCAUUCCGAUUGCUUGAAGGUGUGGUCGAGAAAUUACUAUGACAUAAUAAGCAGAUAUGAAUCCACUAUUACUGCCCAGUUUUUUGGUCAUACACACUACGACGAGUUCGAAGUGUUUUACGAUCAUAAAGAUUUAAGUAGAGCCAACAGCAUUGCUUAUGUUGGGCCUUCGGUGUCGCCAUAUUAUGACUUGAAUCCAGGAUACAGGGUAUAUUACGUCGAUGGAGACCAUGACCAUACAACUAGGGGAGUUAUUGACCACGAAACAUGGACAAUGAAUUUGAGAGAAGCAAACUUAUAUGGCUAUCCCAUAUGGUUCAAGUUGUAUAGUGCCAGACAAGCUUUUGGAAUGGAGAGUUUGAGGCCCUCAGAUUGGGAUGAAUUGGUUAUGAAAAUGAGUAACGAUCCUAAGCUUUUCGAACUUUUCUACAAAUACUAUUACAAAGCUAGUCCUGUGAGACCCACUUGUGACACGUCUUGUAAGAAGAAAAUUUUGUGUGAUUUGAAAUCCGGCAGAUCACACGAUAAAAAGAAUUUAUGCGAAGGUAUAGAAUCAAGAAUAGAUGCUACCUCAAAUGUAGGCUGGAAAGAAUGGAUUUAUAAUACGAUAUCCGUUUCCGUGGUGUGAGGACUUUAAUGUACUGCAAAUCUGCAAAUUCUUAGCCGAUUCAUACCUAAUUCUCUCAAGAGAGUUUUUUCGGGAAAAUGAAUCUUGUGGAUGUCAGAAGAAUUUUUUUUCAUUUAUUUAACUAUGGUUGUAAUUUUAAUAAUAACAAUACACGAACUAUUGGACAUAUAUCCAUAUGAAUGUAAUAAUAAUCAGAGUAAUAUGUAUCAUAUUGUAAAUAUAAGAAAACAUAUUUUUGUAUAUACAUAAGCUUCCUGUUUUUAAUAAUGUGCUUAUUUUAUUCUAAUUGGGAUUUUCUAUUCUUAAUGUGAUAUUUAAUAAAGAUUAAUUUCAAUUAUUUUCUAUUGGGACGAUUUUCGUUUUUAGAAUUUUACAAAUCUAUUUGGAAAACUGAUAAUUAAUUUUAUACUAAAUAAUUCCAUGAAUAUACUAUUAUAUCUACCAAUGAAUGAUAAAUGAAGAAAAUAUUGAAAUUGGUCGAAUAUUAAUAUUUCAUAAUCGUAUGGAUUAAUUCAAUGCGAUUUGUUAAUUGCCUCUGAUUGAUUUUUGUAUAUUUUUUGAAAACUGAGCUGACAUGUCUGUUAGAAUUUUGUUGCUAAAGAGAAAAAAAUUGCCCUUAAUCAAAUAUUCAACUGGUUGAAAAUAUUUUAGGAUGUCUGUCCUAUGGUCUAUUCCACGAUAUACUAUACAACUGCCCAAAUACGUUCUGGGGUUAGGAUAAAAGAAAAAAAAGUAAGUGAAAUUAGAUUAAAUGAGCUUUUCAAUUUUGUGAUUACAAAAAAUGAAUUGGUUUGUGAUAACAAUUUCAGUAAUAUUAAGAUAUUUAUAAUUCUUCUUGAAAAUAUCAUACAUAAUUGGAAAUAUGAAAUAUCGAAUGAAUAUAAUAAUGAAAUUGCAAAAUUGUUGAAUCGUGAACAACAUUCAAAAUACCUAUUAGUUUCAAAUUUUACGAAAUAUCGAUAUUUCAUGAUUCAAAUAGUAGAUUUUCACUUUAAGAUCUCUACCAAAAUAUCAAUAUUUUAAUUUUGGGAAUUUUUUCUGAAAAAAAUAUCAUUGAUUGAUUAAAUAAUGGAAACUUCAAGCUGUGAAUACAAGGAACAAAUUUUUAUUUUUCAUCCUUUAUGUGCUGAAUGCAAACCAAUUAUUUCAAUAGAAGAAAAUACGUAGUCUGGAAUAGUAGAAGUGUUCAAAAAUAAUUAUUUCUUCAUGAGAUAAAUAGCCAAUCGUUGUUCCGAAUGAUUAACGGAAAUCAUAUGUUUAUGGUUUUUAUUUUUAACUCUUUUUACUGGAUUGUGAUAGUAUAAUGAAACGCAUGUUGCUUCGGUGAAUCCUAAAAUUUAAUUAUAGGUAUUUUCUUCAAUUAGGAUUCAUUUGUUUAAUUGUAUCUUCCGAUGAAUUGAUCGUUUUAUGUACACCUUGAAAUAAUUAGGUAUAUUCUCACCGUGAAUUAUUUUGUUCAACCAAAAAAGUUUCAUGGAUAUUAUAGAAUAUUUAUUUUAUUAUGUGAUAUGUUUGAUUUUUAUGUACCUAUGUUUGAUAACAUUCAUUCAAUAAAUUAAGCGAUAUCUGUAAUAAUACAUAUUAUUCUGUUUAAAAAAACUACAUAUCCAGAGUGAAGCUUAAAAUUAUAAGCAAAAUAAAUUGAAAUUUUUAUUCGAAAGUUUUAGUUAUUAAUAUGUGUGAAAUCAUAGUCAAUAUCUUCAUGACAUCAGCUUCUUAUGAAAUACUUCAUUUCUUCGACCAUCCUAUAAUGUAUAUAUUAAAUUAUAUCGUGUAUAAAAAUAUAGAAUUGAUUUUUA